UUGGAUUUCACUGUGGAGCAAGCCCAGGCAGGAUUUGGUCUUGGAGGAGGAUGUGAGCAGCAGAGCUGUUGUUUCCCUUGAAAAUUCACAGCACUGUUUGCAUGCUUAAACAAGCAUGUGGAAAGGCCAAAUGUCCAUUAUCUUGUAACAUAUCCAAUAAUACAAUCCAGUCAUCUUUUGCAGGGAAAUUAUUUUGGAAUUAAACAUGAGAUGAACACAUCUAGGCCAGCAUUUUGCUAAUUAAACAAACAAGGAGUGUUUGUUUCCUCUGCCUUAUCUGUGGCAGCAAGUGGUUAUUGCUUAUGAGUGAUUUUAUUGUCAUUACAGCAAUGCCUGCUGUACAUUACAGCAAAGCUGAGGGUGACUCAGGCAACAUGUGUGCAUGGAUCUUUUCCAUUAGUGCCCUGUGAUUUACAGUGCUUUUAGAGUGAAAUUUAAAUUCUGAGGGCAUCUUCAUUUGCAAAAGAAAUAUCAAAGCUGUUCUGAACUGCAGUUUAAAUGAGAAAAAAGGUGGUUUGGCUAUCCUCUUAGGGUUUUAUCUUUAGACAUUGGGUGUAAAAUGUGCCUUAGGUCAUCAGCAUUCGUACUUUGACAUCUGUGGUUUACAUGCACUGUGGCAUGUGUAGUUAUAUUUGAUUACAGAAUGAAAAUGUUUGAUUCUUGUCAGCAUUACUGGUUUUCUGUUCCUCUUGCCCCAUGGGACUUGAUGUAGUAGCUCAACCCUCAGUCCUUCCUGGCUGGUAAAAUGUUUUUCUUCCAUUUUGCUAUGAGAACUCCUCAAAGAAAAGCUGGUAAUUAAAACUUGGUUACAGGCACCAAGGAGGCAGCAUUAUGUCAUGGGUAGAAGCAAUAACAGCCAGCCAGUCAUUCCCACACUUCCAUCCAGAUUGAGCUCUAGGGUCUCUUCCAACUUUGGGCAAACCAUUUGACAUCCCCUGAUUUCAGUCAUAAAACAUGAGCUAAAGUUGUAUCCUUCAUGCAGAAUAGCUGAAAGAUUUGUACUGGGUGUGAGGAAUUAGUUUCACCAGUAUAAACCAUGGUGGGAUUAAUCCUCCAGCUGACUUUUUGUGGUCACAGAGGACUUUGAUGGUGAGAUGGAGAGAAAAAUGGUGAAAGUAAUCGAGAUGUUACCUGUGUCACUUGGGCUUUGGGAAAAAUGCAUCAACUUUUUUGUUACACCUGCAGUGAAAUAGCAUCAGUUUUACGGGCCUGGCUUGAUCAGUGCUCGGAUGAUUUCAGGGAGCCCCCUGACUACAUGUGUUUGCUGAAGUUGCUGGAUUAUCUGAAGAACAAUAUGCCAAAUUCUGACAUGGAGAGUAGGGUGCAGAACCUCUUGAAGCAGUUUCAGAACCAAGAAGUAGAAGCUGUUGAUGGGUUUUGUAGCACUUCCUCCAGUGACCUGGUUGAUGGAGAGGAACUGGAGAUCAGCAAUCCAGAAGAAUUCUCCUCUUUUCAAGACCACAUUGUGGCAGAACAGUUGACAUACAUGGAUGUGAUGCUCUUCAGAAGAGUUGUGCCCUACCACUGUUUGGGAUCCAUCUGGUCUCAAAGGGAUAAGAAGGAAAACAAGAACCUGGCUCCAACUGUCAGGGCCACCAUCACUCAGUUCAAUGCAGUCACUAAAUGUGUCAUCAGCACUAUCCUGGGGACCAGGGAGCUCAAAAUCCAGCAGAGAGCCAAGAUCAUUGAGAAGUGGAUUAAAAUUGCACAUGAAUGUAGGAUCCUGAAGAAUUUUUCCUCCUUGAGGGCCAUCAUUUCAGCUCUGCAGUCCAACUCCAUCUAUCGGCUAAAGACCACCUGGAUGUGUGUUUCAAAGGACAUCCUGCUGAUGUAUGAAGAGCUGUCUGAGAUCUUCUCAGAUCAUGACAAUUAUCUGACAAGUAGGGAGCUGCUGAUGAAGGAAGCAACAUCCAAAUUUGCGAAUCUGGACAGCAGUGAGAAAGAAAAUCAGAAAAAGUCACAGAAGCGACUUCAACUUCAAAAAAACAAGGGAGUGAUGCAAGGCACAGUCCCUUACCUUGGCACCUUUCUGACUGAUCUCAUCAUGCUUGACACAGCCCUUCAGGACUAUGUUGAGGGUGGCCUGAUCAACUUUGAGAAGAGACGAAGGGAAUUUGAAGUCAUUGCCCAAAUCAAGCUCCUGCAAUCCUCAUGCAACAGUUAUUGCCUGAUACCAGACCAAAAAUUCAUUCACUGGUUCAGGAGGCAGCGACACUUAACAGAGGAGGAGAGUUACAAACUCUCACGUGAGGCUGAAGCAGCUGCUGAUACCAACAUCCUGUCUCCAAAAUCCCAGAAAAGCAUGGUGAAGAGGAUCAGCACACUUUUUCUGGGCACCGAUGUGUUCACUCCACCCAAAGAACAACCCCCAAAGAGCUCUCCUGUAGGAGGGAGCUCUGGGGAAAGCACGGAUUCAGCCAGUGUUUCAUCGUGUGAGUUUAAUCACUCUGAAACUGAGGAUGUGUUUGUGACUCCCGUCUCUAGUCCUGAGGACCCUCUGAAAAAGAUCUCUGGCUACCCCUUUCCCUGCUGUUCUCCUGACUCGUCCAUGAGCACACCUUCCUCAGGGGUGUCAUCUUUACCCUCAUUGCUGCAGGCCUCCAGUGACGACAAGAGCUCUGUGGGCUCUGACAAGGGCUAUGACUCUGACAAGGGCUCCAUCAGCUCUGACAAGGGCUACGGCUCCAGCAAAGUCUCCAUCUUUGACCCUGGCUCAGGCUCGGACAGUGGCUCCAUUCCCACCAGGGACUCGGGCUCAGUGGCAAGCAGUGCCACCAAAGUGCUGCCUGUGUACAACCGGCAGAGUGAGGGCUCAUGCAUCAUCCGGGUCAGCAUGGAUGGGCUCCAUGCUAGCGUCUACAAGAGCAUCCUGAUAACCAACCAAGACAGAAUCCCUGAUGUCACCCAGCGAGCCUUACUAAAGCACAACCUCGAGCCUGAUGCAGUUGAAGAUUAUGAGCUUGUGCAGGUCAUCUCUGAGGACAAAGAGCUGGUGUUCCCCCGUGAUGCCAACGUAUUCUAUGGCAUGAACAGCCACGUGAACUUCGACUUCAUCCUGCGGAAGAAGGCAGAGCUGGUUGGCUGAGGUUGCCCCUGCGCUGCCCUCCCGGGUUACAGGGAAUCUGUCAGAAUUCCCUGUUGAAAAUGUGCAACUGGAGCAAUGGGCAGCCCUGGUGCAAAGGCUCCAGCCUGCUCCAUUUGUUUCGAAGACACUCCAUGAGCCAACUCUGUUAGUGAGAUAAGAGUCUCCUUCAUGCCAGUAUUAUAUAGAAGAUCAUCUGAACUUAUGAAUGAACUGCACUUGCCUUUGCAUGACCAUCAUGAAUGGGACAGACACUACUUGGUGUUGGAUGGAGGUCUUAAUGUCAUGACAGGAUGGUUUUCCUUGGACUCGGUUAAGCCAUGGACCAGAAAUCAAUGCCUUUUGUGUGCAUCCCAUGUGAUGGAUAGACAUCCUCCCAGUGUGCAGUUCGUCUGUUGGAACUGAACUUUUAAAAGCCAUAAGUAAGACAUUGGAUUGUAAGCAGCCCUGAUUUGAGAUACGUGAAAUACAUACAGUAUUUCUGGUUCUGGUGGUACCACUGUGCAUCCCACUGUGCAGAUCUAGGAGUUAUUAUCCACGCAGAUAGCUUAGGAUUAUUAAGGAUCAUUAGUGAAAAUAGAUUGUUAUUCACGCCUGGGCCUUUUUCCCCCAGUUCUGUGGCACUAAUUUGCAAAACAAAAGUUUUACACUACAUUUGGAUUUAUCACUUUUGUUUACAGGCAGGUAAAACAGACUGUACAGUAGGUCUACUGUACAUCCAAGAGUCCUGUGGUAGGUCCCACAAGCCUGGUGUAGGUCACCCUCUGAACAAUUUAUGAAUUCCAGUUGUUUGUUUAGAGGGUGACAGAGGGGGGGUUGUUACUGAGCCUUAAUCUUUGCCCAGAGUUAGGGCAAAAGUAGAAGUUCAGUUUUCUCUGCUUUUGGUGCCUGUACAAUGCAGUUGCUUGUGUACAUAGCAUUGCUCCUACUGUAUAUAGUACUGCUCACUGAAAGGGUGUAUGGCAGUAUUAAGCUGAAGCAUGAAUGUUCUGGAUUUUAAAAUUACACUUUCCAAAUGUUUAUAUAUGUUAUGUUUUUAACUGCUUACCUGUAAUCUUUAUAUGAUAAGUAUAUAAAUUGUUUUUCAUUAA